AUGUUCGUUUUACAUGAUGACGAGCAGUUCGAGGAAAGCAAACCGACAUCGCCUAAUACGAACGGAACGGCUGAUGUUCGUUUGUUCUCGUCUUGUGUUUGAUAUGAUGGUGAUGAUGAUGAUGAUGAUGAUGAUGAUGAUGAUGAUGAUGAUGAUGAUGAUGAUGAUGAUGAUGAUGAUGAUGAUGAUGAUGAUGAUGAUGUGAUGAUUAUGACGGCAAUGAUGGAGCGAUAA